AUGGAUAACAAUUCUCAGCCUUACGAAUUCCACCCGCCUACUUCUAACAUUGAUAAAUCUAUCGAUUCCUUCGACAUAAAUGUUCUACGUUCUGCUAAUGAAGAAAUUUUUGUCCCCUUUUCCUCCACAGAAGACUUUGACAUUAUGGUUUCAGAUUUAAGAAGCACGUUCAUUAACUGGCUCAAAAAGACUGAGAUCAAUAUGAGGCUGGAGAGAGAUAGACUUAAUACCCUUAAGGAAACCCUGGCGAAGGACAGGGAAACCUUCCUAUCAAAAUUACAGGCAGAGAAAGCUGCAGGACUUGAGAGAUUGGCUGAAGAGAGGAAGCGUCAAAACGCAGAAAUUGCGUCUCAACUUAAACAGGUUCAGGUAGAAAGGGAAGAUGCCAGAAGAAGAGUUAGUGAGGAAAGGGCCAAGAUGGAAAAGGAGUGUGAACUACACAGGAAGAGGAUGCAGAUGGAGGCUGAAAAGCUCCAUCAACAGAUCAAGCUCUUUGAGGCGGAGAAGAAGAAAAUUAUAGAUAAUGCCAUUGCAAGCGAAACUAUGAUCGACAUAAAUGUUGGCGGGGUUGUCUUCGAGACUUCCCGCCAAACGCUAACGCAACAAUCAAACUCGUUAUUGGAAGGAGUAUUGAGUGGUAGAUAUGAAAUAGGCCGGGAUCGCCAAGGAAGGAUAUUCUUUGACAGGGACUAUGAGCUUUUCCGUGUCAUAUUGAACUUUUUGCGCAAUCCUACGUGUUUGCCAGUGCCCAGAGAUUCCACUGAAUCAGAACUGAUAAUCAAUGAAUCUUUUUACUACGGCAUCAAAUUUUCCCCAUUCCCCCUGGUUUUUACAUGUGGAGGGCAUUCUGGCAAUGAAUAUUUAUCAAGUGUUGAAAUGUUGGAUGUAGGUCAGCAGUGUUGGAGAAGCUGCACAUCAAUGCAAUCAGAGCGUGCUUAUUUUGGUGGAGCUGUAAUAAACAAUUUCAUUUGUGUAUUUGGAGGACAAAACAUGGACUAUAAGGCCCUAUGCGAGACUGAAAUGUACGAUCGGCUGAGAGACACCUGGUACACCAUAGCCAGUUUAAAUCAGCCAAGGCGCAAUAAUGCCGGGGCAUGCCACGAUGGAAGGUUAUAUUGUGUGGGCGGUUUUGAUGGAAUUGAAAUUUUGAAAAGUGUUGAGGCAUAUGAUAUGAGGAUGAAGAAUUGGGUGAAGGUUGCAUCUCUUAACACGCCCAGGUCUUCAGCCAUGUUAGCUUCUCAGAAUGGCAAUUUGUAUGCCUUUGGGGGUACAACUGGUGAGAGGCUCAAAAGCGUAGAGAUCUACGACCCUCGUAUGGAUAUAUGGCAAGAAUCUCCGGCCGGUUUGGUUGAGUCUAGGAGUGCAGGCGCUGCGUGCAAUUACUUGAAUGAAAUAUACAUUAUGGGUGGCAUUGACAAUUCACAAUCUAUACAUGAUUCGGUGGAGCAUUGGGAUUCAAGUACGCAAAGGCCAUCAUUUGUGCACGAUAUGCCAAUGGGCUGCAUGGAUUGUUCAGUGGUUUCAGUGUCUGAUUCUAUAAUGAUUAUUGGGGGGCAGAAUGAGGAGAUUUUGGGCAGUUGCCACUUUUAUCGCCCAGAAUUUGACGAUUGGCAGCGUGGACCGUCACUUAUCACUCCAAGAUAUGCCCAUUGUUCAAUGUUACUGGAUCUCUAG